AUGGAAAUUAAUAUAUCUCAAUCCGAUUAUAUUAUUUCGCGUGCAAUAUUAUCCACAAGAAAUGAUAGUGUUGAUGAGAUUAAUGAUUUAUUGAUCGGCCGCUUCCAUGGAGAGGAGAAAAUUUACUAUAGUUUUGAUGAAGCCGUAGACGAUAUAAAUAACUUCUAUCCUGUGGAAUUCUUGAACACGCUCAGUGUUAGUGGUUUACCCCCUCAUUACCUACGACUGAAAGUUGGAUGCCCGAUUAUACUAUUACGGAAUCUCGACCCAUCAAAUGGAUUGUGUAAUGGCACCCGAUUGAUAUGUAAAGGUUUUCAGCACAAUGUAAUUGAUGCCGAAAUAGCUGUUGCCGCCAUCAAACCAAUUCUCAUCGUCUCCACCAAAGAUGCAGUGAUCUCCACCAACGUCUCCCACCGAAGGUCCACGGCUGCCGACUUCCCCCACCAAAGAUGCAACAAUAUUCAUCGAUGCUUUCCCUUACUCUCGAUGCUUUCCUUCACCCUGACUAUUAUUUUCUUGCUCUUCCCCUAUCUCGAACAGGUAAUUUCUGAAUUGAUCUCUUUCUCAUCCUUCACUCUCCCUCUAUCUACCCUAACUUGAUGUCCAUCCCCGCCACCACUCAUCGAUACUGACCACCACAACACUCAUCAAUGCAACCAUCAAUAACACCAUAUGGUGAUUCUUUUCUCUUCUUUGCGAAGUUCAAUCUGUUUAUGCUCAUCUUUCAAGAUGUUGGAGGAAAAUUGAUGCAAUCCUGAGUUCAGAGCAAGAAGUACUAUCUCUCUAUGUAGCAGGGCACAUUUUUAGGGUAAACAGUUGAUAUCGGUCGGCAACCUGGUAUAUCGUUGCUUUUCUCUCUAAAAUCAUAAACAUUGUUGAUUGAGUUUCUUUUUUUAAUUGUUUUUUUGACAGAUCUGACCAUAUUCCCCUUUCUCUAACGUAUGUUUCUCUCUGAUUUUAAGACAUUCUUGGUGGAAGUAGUUUAUCAGGAUGCACAUCAUUACGUAUUGCUCAUCAUAUAUGUUUAUUUCUGAUUUUGAAAUAAUUGUAAAUUUUUCUAACAUGACUGGUUUUACUAAUGGACUUGAAUAUGGGAAAACAGGGCACAAGCUGCCACCAUGAUAAUCAUGACGAAUAAUUAUUGGAAAAGGGGUUGUGGAUUGUUUUGGAUUGGUAGCAAGUAAAAAGUGGGGAUGAACAUCAAGAAAUAGGAAGAAUUCAAGAUUAUGUUGAAUUGGGAUUGAGGUGAUCAUUAUGCCAAUAUUUGCUUCUAUGAAGAUGUUUUUUUAUGAUCUGACUGAGCUUUAGGGGGUGUUGGUCAUGGGAUGGUGAAUUUUAAUAUAAUGAAUAGGGUAUGAACGAUAUAUAUAGUCACUAAAGCGUGACUUUGGUGGAGAAGACGAGACUUUGCUGGAUUUUUGAUGCGGGUUUGUCAGGUGGUUGGAAGUGACACCAUCAACUUCAUCGUGUACCUUUGGCUGGAUAUUUUACUUGGUUGAUGUGCCAUUUUCUAUUGUUGGUGGCAUACUUUUAGAUUUUAGAUACAUGCCCUGAACAAAAAUCACAAAUGUUAUUUUGGUUUUCAUCUUAUGUAGUCAGGAUCCUAGAUGUGAAUGCAUAUCAUGAACAAGUGUAAUCAACUUAGGAAACUUUAUAUGUC